AUGCAUUUUCGCAGCGGCGGCGGCAAACACGGAGAUGGCGACGACCACCCGAGCAGCACGGCCUCGACGCCCACUUCCGCAACACAAUCUCAGCCCUCAACCGGGGGCGUCGCCGACCUUGCGAAGUCCGGCAACAAGCUCUCCUCGGGCGCGAUAGCCGGGAUAGUCAUCGGCGUCCUGGCCUGCGCCCUCAUUGCGCUCGCUGGAGCCUUCCUGUGGCGACGCCACCGCCGGCACUUGCAACAGCGGCAGGCGAGGAGGAACAUCCUCGCUGACCCAUCUUUGACGGCAGUCGACGGUGCAGGGUCCAUGCAGGACCUGAUGUCAAGUUCACCCCGGCGCGUAUCUUCCGACGCCGGCGCCACGCUGUCGCACGCAACCAGCUCCGUCAUCUUAUCGACUCUGGCGCCGACGGUGUUAACGAAUCCUUCCAUGCCCUCCGACGUGAAAGCCGGACGCUCUCCGAUGCACUUGCCCCUGCAUGUGGUGGGUGGUGUCGGAACAUCGGAUGGCCCGGGUGAAGUACGGAGGCUCCAGGCGCCUAUAGAGGAAGCCGGCGCAGUGCCGGGGGCAGAGCCGUUGGGGAUGGCGAGCUCGGAUCCACCGCCGGAUUACCAGAUGUCCGGAGUAGAAUGGAGCAGGCCACUGUCGCCUGGGACGAGCACGGAGGUUCAGGCGAGCGGAAUCAGGGGCGAUGGCCAAGAGGCCGCGGCGCGAGAUGGACAUUCUUGA